AUGGCGACCCAAUUUCCCACCAAAAAGUGCGGUGUCCUCGGCUGCACUGGCUCCGUCGGCCAGCGCUUCAUCCUCCUCCUCUCGAAACACCCCUACCUCAAGCUCCACGCCCUCGGCGCCUCCUCGCGGUCCGCCGGCAAGAAAUACAAGGAUGCCGUGCGGUGGAAGCAAGCCUCGCCCAUCGGCGACGCGGGCGAGAUCGUCGUGAGGGAGUGCAAGGCCUCCGAGUUUGCUGAUUGCGAUGUCAUCUUCAGCGGCCUAGACGCAGACGUUGCCGGCGAGAUAGAAACCGAAUUCCAAAACGCCGGCCUCGCAGUCUUCUCCAACUCCAAAAACCACCGCCAAGACCCCGACGUGCCCCUCGUCAUCCCCACCGUCAACCUCAACCACCUCGACCUCAUCCCCCACCAGCGCAAGACCCGCUCCCUCACCAAGGGCCUCCUCGUCUGCAACUCCAACUGCGCCGUCGUAGGCGUAGCCGUGCCCUUCGCCGCCCUGCAAGCCGCCUUCGGCCCCAUCGACUUCGCCUCCGUCGUCACGAUGCAGGCCGUCUCCGGAGCCGGAUACCCGGGCGUCAGCUCCAUGGACAUCCUCGAUAACGUCGUGCCCUUCAUCUCGGGCGAGGAGGAUAAGCUCGAGAACGAGGCGCGCAAGAUCUUGGGUACCUUGACGGGGGAUGCUACGGUGCUGGAGGAGCAGAGCGCGCUGCGCAUCUCGGCUUCGUGUAAUCGCGUGGCCGUCAUGGAUGGACAUACGGCUUGCGUCUCGCUCAAGUUUGUGAGGCAGCCGCCGCCGUCGCCGGAGGAGUGUGUUGAGGUGCUGAGGAAGUAUACUUCGGAGGCGAAUGCGCUGGGGUGUCCGUCGGCGCCGAACCCGCCUAUUAAGGUGUUUGAUGAGCCGGAUAGGCCACAGCCUAGGUUGGAUAGGGAUUUGGAGAAUGGGUAUACGGUUAGUGUGGGGAGGGUGAGGGGGGAUGAGGCUGGGAUUUUUGAUCUCAAGUUUGUGUCUUUGAGCCACAACACCGUUAUCGGAGCUGCUGGCGGAUCCAUUGUCAACGCGGAAGCUGCCAUCCUCAAGGGCUAUAUUCAGUAA